GUAAUGGAUCAUUUUUUAGAAACGAAACGAAAAGAAUGCUAUCAAAAUAGCUCGUUAGACGAUGGUAAUUUCAUGCCGAAUGAAACGUUUUGUACGUUGAUAUUUGAUGGAAUUAUGUGUUGGAAAGCGACAAAGGGUGGCACUUUGAGCAAGCAGCCCUGUCCGUACAUGGGAAAUUCGCAGGAUUUUGCAACUAAAAAAUGCGAAAGUAACGGCGAAUGGUAUUUCGAUACGAAACUAAAUCGAAGUUGGACGAAUUAUAGCCAAUGUUGGGCACUAAUUGACCAUGAAACUGCUUUGGUCAAUUUCGAUUCUAUUGAAAAUUCAACCAUUUACCGUAAAUGGGUUCCAAUAUUAAAGCAUGUGACCCACAGUGGCUACAUUAUUUCACUAAUUGCCCUUAUAUCUGCAAUGAUUAUUUUUUUCGCGAUUAAAAAGUUACAAUGUCCCAGAAAUCGUCUACACAUGCACUUGUUUGCGUCGUUCAUAAUGCGAGGAUUUAUGUCACUUCUUAAAGAUUUCAUAUUCGUGGAAGGAGUUGCUUUUAAAUCAGAUUUAGUAUAUAAUAUGGAUGGAAUAUUGAAAUAUACCAAGGAACACCAUAAUUGGAUCUGCAAAGCACUUACGAGCUCGAGAAAUUAUUUUAUUGUUGCCAAUUAUACGUUAAUAUUAAUGGAGGGGAUUUACCUGCACAAUUUAAUUUUUCUGACGUUGUGCUCAGAUAAAACCAAAAUUACUUUCUACUAUAUUUUUGGCUGGGCUUUUCCCCUACUGUUUGUAAUACCAUGGAUACUAAUGAGGAUAUAUCAUGAAGAUACAUUCUGCUGGACUACAUCAACAAAUAAAAGUUAUUUGAUAUUACUUCAUGGGCCCAUUACAUUAUCUGUUAUAGUAAACUUUGUAUUGUUCAUAAUGAUCGUACGAAUUUUACUAAUGAAACUAAAUUCGAUCUACAUCCAACACCAAAGGACAAAAUACAGAAGGUUAGUGAAAUCGACGUUGACUUUAAUUCCAUUGUUUGGAGUCCCAUACGUAAUCUCACUCGUAAUGUUAUAUAGCACGAAUUUAAAUCCAACAACUGAAGUGGUAUGGCUAUUUCUUGAUCAAACCUUCGUGGCUUUUCAGGGACUUUUCGUUGCAUUAGUUUACUGUUUAUUAAACACGGAGGUGCACAAUGAAAUUAAGCACAGGUAUAACGCAAUUCGGGAUAGACAGGAACAUCACCGACAAUCACGAGAACGAACCAUAUCGCAUACUUUGCAAUAUCCGACAGUUAUAGUGCCGUUGAAUGAAGAUAUACCUAUGACAAAUUAUAGUGCAAAGUAUAUCUAAAUAUCUUUGUUUAAAUUAAGAAUAGAUAACUUUAAUUGCAUUACUUACUAUAAGUACUAUUCCAUUUAAAUGGGUAUAAGAAGAACAAAAUUUCGCCCUCAGACGAGCACCUGUAGCACAUUUGCUAUGAACAGAUCAGAAGGUACUUCCCGAAGGCUAUAUAUGGACACAAGCAUUUUGAUAGUUAAAGCAUAUAGUUAAUAUUUCAAUGGAAUAUCUUCAUAAAUAGGAAAGUUGACGCUCGCAUGUAAGAAAGUUAAAAUUGCGCACUCUCCGCAUACGGUUAUAUUUGAUGUAUACGAUAUGUCUGUCUUUACUAGAAGCGUCUAUUCCAGGAAAUAUCUUCAUAAACAAGAAAGUUGGGAUCUCACACUCUGCGCAUGCGCACAUCUGAUUUUUACUAUUUGCUAUACGAGUAUAUAUGUUGUUCUUUACUAAAAGCAUUUGUAGUUAAAAUUUUUUUAAAAUCUGUACAAGUAAGAAAAUUGGCUUUGAGCAGCCUGCGCAUGUGUGUAUUUUAUUUGUACUAUAUGCGAUAUGUUUGUUUUUACUACCGGGUGAUUCAUUAGAAGUGAGGACAAUUUGAA